GUUAGGACCAGAUACUUUUGGAUUUAGUUUAUCGCUGUUGUACAGCUAGCGCACUCCGGUUUUGUCUUUAGUUCUUUCUCAAUUGUCGUUACGUCACCAUGUGCUACUGUUUGCUGAUCAUAUAACGCAAUACCACGCUACUUCUGAUUUCUAGCAACAAACAAAUCUUUUCGUCAAAUCAACAGAACACGCAGAUAUGAGGAGAAGCUGGGAAUCCACCAAGAUUUACUUCGCCGUUUAUGUCUUCGGAAUUCUUAUAAUAGGAUUACAGGCGUGGAGCGAAAACGAAAUCGAUGGCAGCGACUUCGAUUCUCACCCCUUUAACCACAAGUCACCGGCAUCCGAAUUACCACAUGAGGUGGAUAUUUUAAAACUUAUCAACAUCACAGCCAAAGAUCCGGGUGUUUCGAUCGUGCAGGGUCCAAUAAAGAAUUUUCCCGCAUACAAAUUUCGUUUGCCAUAUGGAAACGUCCCUGUAGCCAAUUCUUCCGCCGUAACAUCGGCCAUGUCUAGGCCCUCGGGGUUUACAGUUAUCUUCCUCUUCCGUCAGCAGAAAAAUAAUCUGGGAACUUUGAUUUCUAUCAAUUCCCCCGGGAGGUUGACUCCUUGGUUUCAAAUCAACUCCAACUUGCGUACUGGUGUGUUAACUUUGAAGUAUAAAAUGAACGCGUCGUCUAAGUUACAUCAGGUAGACUGGCCAUUACCCGGACAUCACAGGAAAACUCCUUUGGCCGGUAAGUAA